AUGCUACGACGCAGAUCUUCAGCAUCAUACCCACAACAGUCGCUGCCCAAAACACAGGGGACCUGGCAGCCGUCCACAAUGACGCAGGGAGUGCGGACCAAGGCCCGGUUCUAUCUCAGUCGCAUGCCGCUCAAAAUCCUGGCUGUUCUCGCAGCGCUGCUCAUCACAGCCGGCUUUGUGACAUUCAACUUGCGCCACCCGGCCGAGCAACAACCCGGCGGAAACAAGCAGUACAUCAAAGAGAUUGUGUUUGAGAACCCAGCACUACAUGGACCCUUUGUGGCUGGCUGCAGACCGAUCGUAGCUAAUCCUGAAGACAAGGUCAACGCGGCGUUUGUCGUACUGGCCCGAAACCAGGACCAGGAGGGCCUACUGUCGUCCAUCGCUUCGCUAGAACGGCAUUUCAACCAGUGGUACAACUACCCUUACAUUUUCCUCAACGACGAGCCCUUCAACGCUACCUUUAAGGCCGCAAUCUCCAAGUCCACCGCUGCUAAGACGGAAUUUGGAGUUAUCCCCGACUCUCUGUGGGACUUCGACGACAGCGUCGAUCGAAAAGAGCUCAAGAAAGCGUUGCAGAACCAGGCGGACCAAAAUGUCAUGUAUGGCGACUCGGAAUCGUACCACAAAAUGUGCCGAUUCUACUCGGGCAAGUUCUACGACCACCCGCUACUCAAGGACCUUGACUGGUACUGGCGGCUGGAGCCCGACGUGCAGUUCUUCUGCGACCUGACCUACGACCCCUUCCGAUACAUGCAGGACAACAACAAGGUGUACGGCUACAACAUUGCCAUCAAGGAACUCAAGGAGACGGUGCCUAACUUGUGGCGAUACACCAAGUCAUUCAAGCAGAAAAACAAGAUGCAGUCCAAGGGUAUGUGGGAAAUGUUUCUGCAGACAGCGGAGGAGCGAGAACAACGAGGAGGCCACCCUCUCAAGGACGCUCGAAUGUCCGACAAGAACGACAAGGUCAAGGGUAAGGCUGAAACUAACAAUCCCACCUCCAAGCGGUUUGCUGAUCCUGAUUACGAGGAUAUGGGAGAAGAGGCCUACAACAUGUGCCACUUCUGGUCCAACUUUGAGAUUGGAAAGCUCUCCUUCUUCAGAUCCAAAGAGUACAGAGACUACUUUGACUACCUCGAGGAGAAGAAGGGUUUCUGGUCCGAACGAUGGGGAGAUGCACCCGUACAUUCCCUAGCCGUGGGUCUGUUUCUGGCCCCCUCCGAGGUGCAUUAUUUCCGAGACAUCGGAUACCAGCAUUCGGACAUUUUCCACUGUCCUUACAACGCCAAGGGCGCCCAGUUGCCUCCUCCCGAGCGGUACUGGGAGGGCGUUUCCAAGCGAACCGGUCUCAAACUGACUGACGAGCAGAUCAAGGAGGACGAGAAGUGGCUGGUUCCCGACCCUGCGGAGGAAGGCGGCGUGGGAUGCAGAUGCAUUUGUCCUCUGGAUAAGGCAGCGUUCAUCGAGCCGCGAGACGGAAGUUGCAUUGCUCACUGGGUUGAGACCAGAGACAAGGGGUUGUGA